AUGCGUAUGCUUUCAUUAGUGGUGCUGGUGGGGCUGUCUAUCGCGAGUUUUACAAUCCGAAGACGUCUUCCACCUGUGGCAGCCAAGCGUGAAAUCCCGUUUAUCAGUCUCAAACCGCUAAAAUCACCUGCGUUUUCGAUGUAUUGCCUCGCUCUCCUUUUCCAAAUCAUCGGAUUUUAUACCUUCAUCACAUAUGUUGCAUCUACUGCCGUGACUAAAGGAGCUGUAUCGUUACAGUUUGGAUAUCUUUCGAUUGCUAUACUCAAUGCUACAACAGGUGUGGGGAGGGUUGUAGCGAAUAUGGUGGCUCAUAAGUUUGGCGCGUUCAAUAUCAUUAUCCCCUCGUUAGCCUUGAGCGGUGCUAUCCUCUGUGGAGGAUGGCCAGCCGUUGAGAACGAGAUUGCGUUGGUAGCCGUCACUGUAACAUACGCUUUGUGUGCAGCACCCCACAACGCCCUGGCAUCCCGAACCAUUUGGGUUUUUGCCGACUCGGGGGAUGUAUCUCUCCGUAUUGGGCUUUUCAAUAUCUUCGCCGCUAUCGCCGGUUUGAUUGGAGCUCCCACGGCUGGGGAGGUCAAUAAGGGUGUGGGGAUACAGGCGAUGGGUGAAUAUGCUGGUGGGUGUGGGAUCGUCGCGUCUGUGUUGUUGUUCGGUUCUCGGUACCUGUUGCUCGGGAAAAAACUCCGAGGAAAGAUUUGA